AUGGCCAAAAAAGAAAUAAUCUUUGGACUUGGACUUUUGAACGAAGCGUUUGCAAAUCACGUGACCACAACCACCCAUGCCGAUGCCGUAGUGUUCCCAACCCAAAACCAACCCAGAAGCUUUGCAAGCCAAUUCCUGAUCCCCCAGAAUGCAGCACGAGCGUUGGUGAGGCAGCGUCCCUUGGUGUGGGACUCCAAACUGACACGCUAUGCCCGGUGGUAUGCGAACCAGAGGCGCAAUGAUUGCGCCCUUCAGCAUUCCAAUGGGCCUUAUGGUGAGAACAUAUUCUGGGGCAGUGGCACAGGGUGGACGCCAGCACAAGCUGUUACUGCUUGGGUUGAAGAACGUCAAUGGUACAACUAUUGGCACAAUUCUUGUGCAGGUGGACAGAUGUGUGGACACUACACUCAGAUUGUGUGGAACAGUACGAGGAAAGUUGGUUGUGCUAGCGUUGUUUGCUCUGGAGGGCAGGGCACCUUCAUGACUUGCAACUAUGAUCCUCCCGGGAACUACUACGGAGAAAGACCUUACUGA